GAGACACUGGAAGCCACGCCCUCUUCCCGUUUCCACGGCGACCUGGAUAUGGCGCCCUGGGAAAGCCCAUCGAGCUGCUGGCCAACUGCUUCCAGGUGGAGAUCCCCAAGAUGGACGUGUACCUGUACGAGGUGGACAUCAAGCCCGAUAAGUGUCCCCGCCGGGUCAACAGGGAGGUGGUGGACUCCAUGGUGCGCCACUUCAAGGUCACCAUCUUCGGGGACCGGCUGCCGGUUUACGACGGAAAGAGCAGCCUCUACACCGCCAGCCCACUUCCUGUCGCCGCCGGCGGGGUGGACCUGGACGUCACCCUCCCAGGUGAAGGCGGGAAGGACCGCCCCUUUAAGGUCACCAUUAGGUUCGUGGCGCCGGUCAGCUGGAACCUGCUGCACGAGGUUCUGAUGGGCCGAGGGGUCCCCGACCCGCUGGACCUGAACAACCCGCUCAGCACCAACCCGGCCCACGCCGUGGACGUGGUCCUGAGACACCUGCCCUCCAUGAAGUACACACCUGUGGGGCGGUCCUUCUUCUCCUCCCCCGAGGGCUACGACCACCCGCUGGGCGGAGGCAGGGAGGUGUGGUUCGGCUUCCACCAGUCGGUCCGGCCCGCCAUGUGGAAGAUGAUGCUGAACAUCGACGUGUCGGCCACGGCGUUCUACAAGGCCCAGCCCGUCCUGCAGUUCAUGUGUGAGGUUCUGGACAUCCACAACAUCGACGAGCAGCCGCGGCCUCUGACCGACUCCCACAGAGUCAAGUUCACCAAGGAGAUCAAAGGUCUGAAGGUGGAGGUGACCCACUGUGGGAGUAUGCGCAGGAAGUACCGGGUGUGUAACGUGACACGCCGCCCCGCCAGCCUGCAGACGUUCCCUCUGCAGCUGGAGAGCGGGCAGACGGUGGAGAGGACCGUGGCUCAGUACUUCAGGGAGAAGUACAACCUGCAGCUCAGGUAYCCCCACCUGCCCUGCCUGCAGGUGGGCCAGGAGCAGAAGCACACCUACCUGCCYCUGGAGGUGUGUAACGUGGUGGCAGGUCAGCGCUGCAUCAAGAAGCUGACAGAUAAUCAGACGUCCACCAUGAUCAAAGCCACGGCUCGCUCCGCUCCGGACCGCCAGGAGGAGAUCAGCCGCCUGGUGCGCAGCGCCAACUACGAGUCYGACCCCUUCGUUCGGGAGUUCCAGUUCCGAGUGCGCGAUGAGAUGGCUCAGGUGACGGGCCGGGUCCUGCCGGCCCCCAUGCUGCAGUACGGAGGCAGGGUGUUGUACUACGAGCUCCUGGCCAUCAGGGAGGCGUGUCUCAGUCUGGAGAAGGACUACCAGCCCGGGAUCACCUACAUCGUGGUCCAGAAGCGCCACCACACCCGUCUGUUCUGCUCCGACCGCAGCGAGCAGGUUGGUCGCAGUGGAAACGUCCCCGCGGGGACCACGGUGGACACGGACAUCACCCACCCCUACGAGUUCGACUUCUACCUGUGCAGCCACGCAGGGAUCCAGGGCACCAGUCGUCCGUCCCACUACCACGUCCUGUGGGACGAUAACGGCUUCUCUGCAGACGACUUCCAGCUGCUCACCUACCAGCUGUGCCACACCUACGUGCGCUGCACGCGCUCCGUCUCCAUCCCCGCCCCCGCCUACUACGCACACCUGGUGGCGUUCCGCGCUCGCUACCACCUGGUGGACAAGGAGCACGACAGCGCCGAGGGCAGCCAGGUGUCGGGUCAGAGCAACGGCAGGGACCCCCAGGUUCUGGCCCGGGCCGUGCAGAUCCACCAGAACACCCUGAGCACCAUGUACUUCGCCUGAAGGUCCAGACCUGAGCCGCAGGUCCACCAGAACUCCGAGUAGACCCGACCCGACCCGCAGCAGGACUCUGAAGGUUUUUACUCUGUUGGGGGGGAGGGGCUACAUGAAGAGACACCAGAACCAGUUUGGUCUAGUUAGGUUUGGACCGGUUCUGGUUCUGGUUCAGCUGUUUGUUGUUUGAUUCAAACCUGGAUUAUUUUAAAGAGAAACCUCAGAAGAGUCCUGAUCUGUGAUGAUCCGGACCGGACCGGACCACAUGUCCAGAACCAGAGGGUUUUAAAUGUUUUUAUUUCUUCAGUCAGUUUGAAACUUUUUCCUCUCGAGCUGAAUCAUGAAAAAUAAAAAUCUUUUUUUUUUCUGCUUCGUCAC